GCCACCUCUUAACGGCAUCCAGGAAGAAUGUCGAGCUUCUUCACCACCCCGGCUUCGCAGAGGAAGCGGAAAAGGCCGGAUUCGGCUGCGAACACCUCGUCCAAGCGUAGAACGAUAUCAUCGACGGGCAAGUCAGCGCUGCAAAAGAAAGCCUCUCGUCAGACGUUGCGAGACGAGUCGAUAUCGGCUGGCGAGUCGGACUCAGAAGACGAAGCGCCUCGAUUGAGAGAUGACGACGAAGACGAUGAGGACGAGGACGACGCAAGCUCUGGAGGCGAAGACGAGACUGCCGACGAGCGACGGUUGAGACUGGCGCAGCGAUAUCUCGACAACAUCCGAGAAGAAAUCAAAGAAGAUCCGUACGCAUUCGAUGCGGCCGAUCUAGAUCGGGAUCUCAUUGCCGAGCGUCUGAAGGAAGAUGUAGCGGAGUCAAAGGGAAAAUUGCACAAACACAUUGCGCAAGAAUACGACUUUUCAAACGUCGUCCCGUCGUUCUUCACAGCAGACCAAAAUGGAGUCACCGGAGUAGUGGUGGUUCUUCCGUACGCGUACACAGUGUCGAAAGAUGGCAGCAUCGCAAAGUGGGAGCUCGCCUUGCCGCAUGGCUCAUCCACUGCAGAGAAAAAGGAGGAGGAGCACGGGAAUAGACCAACCAACAUCACACCGCGGAAACGGCCAAAGCUAGUAAAACGCUUCCGCCAGCCACGGAAACAGAAGAGCACAUACCAAGGUCAUACUGGACCAAUUCUUUGCAUCACAGCUUCGACUUCUGGUAAAUUCCUCGCGACGGGUGGCGCAGACAAAAAGCUUGUCGUCUGGGACCCGGUCACGCUCAAGCCGUUGAAAUCAUUCGCUCAGCACAGAGACAAGGUUCUGUCUUUGAGUUUCAGACGCGGAACACACACGUUGUACUCUGCCAGCGAGGACCGCACGAACAAGGUCUGGAGUCUGGACGAGAUGGGCUACGUGCAGACGCUUUUUGGGCACCAGGAGGGCGUCGUGGACAUAGCCGGAUGCGCAGGAGAGACGUUCGUCAGCGUAGGCGGUAGGGACAGGACAGCACGCCUCUUCAAGGUCGUGGAGGAGCAGCAGCUAGUCUUCCGCGGAGGGGGUAGCGGCAGUGUCAAGGAGAAGAAGAAGGAGGUCAACGGAGAGGGUGUGCACGAAGUUACGAGGUUCGAGGAGGGCUCUAUUGACCGUGUCGCUGUUGUGGACGAGGAGACAUUCGUGACCGGCUCGGACAACGGAAGCAUAUCCCUCUGGAGCGUGCUGAGGAAGAAACCAGUGUUCACGAUUCCCCUGGCCCAUGGAGCAGAUGAACCCCUUACCCUUGAGGACGCCUACGCUGAACUCGAGGAAGGAGAGUUGAAGGGCAAAGAACGGCCGGGACGCAGAAAGCCGAGAUGGAUCACCGCGCUGGCGACCAUCCCGCUCGCGGACAUUGUUUUGACGGGGAGCUGGGACGGAUUCAUCAGAGUUUGGCGCGUAACGCCUGAUCGGAAACGGCUGGAGUCUGUCGGCGUCGUGGGCCAAGACGGGCAGCUGUCAAGCCUUGCCGAGAUGAAGGAGGCGACCAAUGGCGACGCCGAAGGCCACGCAGGCAAGCCUCUGAUUAAGGGGAUUGUCAACGACAUAUCGAUCGUCGAGCGCGGCCAAAAGAGCAAACUAGACGUCAUGUCGACCAGCGCCACGACCGGUUUGUGCGUUGUCGCCGCGGUUUCCAAGUCACAUCGACUGGGGACGUGGCACGGCAGGAAAGCAGUGGACGGCGCGAAGAACGGUGCUGUCGUGUUUGAAGUGCCGAAAAAGACGCUUGCUAAUGGAAUGGAACCGCAGGAAGACGGCGAUGAGGACCGGACUGAUGAUGCACAUUGAUAUUUUGCUAUGCUUGUUGUUCUGCCCAUAUGCUAGAUAGUACAAUCUAUUCCGGAUCGAGGGGGCAUCGCUGCUUCCUUCCCC